UGUAUGAGCAAACCCAUAACAGAGUUGAUCACUUCCAUCUCAUCCUUUUUGUAACCAUAACCCAACGCAAUGCAAUACAACGCACCAUCGAAAUUCCUCAAUCCUCAAUCUUCAAUCCAUUCCUUUUCUCCACGCUUCAUGAUCAUCUCUCUCCAUCAAUAAUCAAUAAUCCAUAAUCUCCUUGAUCUUCGUCGUCACUGAACAAUCCAAAUUUCUCUUUCUUCAUCAUCCUUUCCCCGCGAUCGACCCUUCCCUCUGUUUUCCCCUCAUUUUCCCUUGUCUUUUUUUUUCUCCCUCUCUCUCUCUUCGAUGAUACCUCUUUCAACCGCCUUCAUUCUGAUUAGCAUGGUCAAUAUGAUGGGGUUACAUUGAGUUUGCAUGGAUCGUAUGGAAUGGAUGCUUUUCGAUUUAUGAGUUCUUAUUUUCAACUGCUCCUUCAAUUUCAGCCAUGGCGGUUAGUGGGCCGGCUUCCAGUUCGGAGAGGCUCUGGAGUGACCCUCGCAAAGGCAUGUCCAGUGAUAACAUCAAGGGUUUGGUCUUGGCUUUGUCUUCUAGUUUUUUCAUUGGUGCCAGCUUUAUUGUCAAGAAGAAAGGCCUUAAAAUAGCCGGGGCUUCUGGUGUUAGGGCAGGCGCUGGCGGUUAUUCUUACUUGUAUGAACCAUUAUGGUGGGUCGGCAUGAUAACUAUGGUUGUAGGAGAAAUUGCUAAUUUUGCAGCUUAUGCAUUUGCACCAGCUAUUCUUGUAACUCCCCUUGGUGCACUCAGUAUAAUUAUCAGUGCUGCUCUUGCUCAUAUUAUAUUAAGGGAGCGAUUAAACAUUUUUGGUAUUCUUGGUUGUGUGUUAUGUGUUGUGGGUUCGACAACAAUUGUUCUGCAUGCACCUCAAGAGCGUGAGAUAGUAUCUGUCAAGGAAGUGUGGGAUCUUGCGACAGAACCAGCUUUCCUUCUGUAUGCUGCUUUCAUGAUAGCCACAACUCUCAUACUCAUAAUACACUUUGUGCCUCGUUAUGGGCAGACAUAUGUAAUGGUCUACAUAGGGGUUUGUUCUAUUGUGGGGUCACUUUCGGUUAUGAGUGUUAAAGCACUUGGCAUUGCCCUGAAGUUAACAUUUUUGGGAAUGAAUCAAUUAACAUAUCCUCAAACUUGGGCAUUCACAAUGAUUGUCAUUACUUGUGUGAUCAUUCAAAUGAAUUAUCUAAACAAGGCUCUUGAUACUUUCAACACUGCUGUAGUAUCCCCUACAUACUAUGUGAUGUUUACAACAUUGACCAUCUUGGCUAGCAUAAUUAUGUUUAAGGAUUGGGAUCGACAGGGUGCAAUCCAGAUUUUCACCCAAAUGUGUGGUUUUGUGACAAUUCUCGCCGGUACUUUUCUUCUUCACAGAACGAAGGAUAUGGUUGAGGCUUCAUCAACACCAUCUUUUUCAAUGCGACCUUCUAAACACACGGAAGAUGGUUGUGAACUCGAAGCCAUCCCACUUCAGCGUCAAGCAUCAUUAUGAUCAUAAGAUUAGACAUUAGUCGUUAGAUCUGCGAAUUCACUUUUAUCAUCAUGUUACAUUUUCGUGCAUAAAAUUUUAGGAGAAGCUACGACUGCCAUUGGCUUUGUGAUUGAACAUUGUUGGAUAAACUGGAAGAGGAUACAAGCAUGGUUGUGGAAGGAUGGUAAUCUCUUUUCUUUCUUGAAACUCCCUUUUUUAAUGUUGGUUUGUUAGGAACCUCGGUGUUCUAUAUACUAUAUAUAUAUAUAUAUAUAUCUAUCCAUCUAUAUAUUAUAUCAUUCA